AUGGAACAGUUGUCGUACAACCAAACAAUGCUGACAAUAAUAGUUCAAGCACUGGUAACGAAACCAAUACAGAUUCCGGUUAUAUUCUUGGAUUUACCUCAGUUGAAGUCGGACUAAUCAUGUCCUCUUGAUUUUGAUUAUUGA